CAGGGUCCUGGGAGAUCAGAUAUAGUGAAUGCAGGGUCUGGGGAGACCGGAUAUAGUGAAUGCAGAGUGCGGGAAAACCGGAUAUAGUGAAUGCAAGGUCCUGGGAGAUCAGAUAUAGUGAAUGCAGGGUCCGGGGAGAGCAGAUAUAGUGAAUGCAGAGGUCCGGGGAGAGCAGAUAUAGUGAAUGCAGGGUCCGGGGAGAGCAGAUAUAGUGAAUGCAGGGUCCGGGGAGAGCAGAUAUAGUGAAUGCAGAGUGCGGGGAAACCGGAUAUAGUGACUGCAGGGUCCUGGGAGAUCAGAUAU